AGAAGCUGUCUGAGAUGCAAAACGGGACUCCCGCUCCUCCGUCGUACCCCCCCCUUCCCACCGGCUAACGGUGCCUAUGUGCAGUUCCUCCUUGCGCCUUCUUUCAUCCCUUCCUCCACCCACCUCUUUGCUACCCUACUGUUAUAGUACCCCAAGGCCGAUCAUUGACUCACUAGGGAGCAGAAAAACUGGCCUGUAAGCAGGUGGCACUUGAAGAAGCUCUUCUAUGAGUAGAGUGUGCAGUGCAUGCUUAGUUUUGCGAAGAUCUCCCAUAUUUCCGAUGCAACUUCUGCAUUAACUUAUUAAUACUACAUGCUCCAGUUCCGUAAACCCCCAGCUGAUUGGCUCAGCCCAUUGCUCCAGCAUGGCGAGUACGAGUAGUAACAUUGCGGGCCAGUCGGAACCAUGCAGGACACAGCCCACAGAAAGGUAUUUAAGCCUUUCGUUCCCUUCUAGCGCUCUUCUUGGGACCUGGCGGACUCUUACGCUCCUGCUCGAUAUCGGUACUCUGAUCGGCCUCCCCGUCCCCCUCUCCCUCCAUCUCUUCCGGUCCUCAUACCCCCAAGAAUUAUAUCGUUCAAGUUACCAACUGUCCUAGUCUCACGGAAGGUCUCGGUUUUUUGCAAGCCCUCCUAAAGGGUUAGGGGGAGAAGGAGAGAAAGGACUGCUAUAGCGAAAAAGGCAUCCUGAGGACUCCUUCCUUUUCCUUUAUAUCAAGCUCUUGCCAAACCAUUCCCCGCAAAAGUGGAUCCAAGAGAAUCUUAAAACCUUGGUUCUCGAAUCUCUGUUUUUAUAUCUUUCACCACGCCCUAUACGGUCAUUUCGCCCAUACGCCAUCAUACACGCAAUCAUUGAUCUCCGCCCCGCGUUUUAUUCCAUUCAGUUCCCGCAUCCCAAUCAAAAUGUUUCUCACAUUACCCACAGCAGCGACUGGCGCAGCAAUCCUCCUGUUACUACUCCCCC